AUGCCUGAGAAGUGGGAUGAAGAAGUGGACAGUUCCACGCCUCCCUCCUCGCCACCACAAGCCGCCGUGUCUACUCGCAGAAAAUUCGACGAUGAAGAAGAUGAUAGCGAUGUGCUAGACAGUUGGGAUGCCGCGGAAGACUCGGAGGUCGAGCGUGAGAAGGCAAAGGUUGCUGCUGAGCGAAAGGCCAAAGCUGACGCUGAGGCUGCCGCAAACAAGAAGAGCAAAGCACAACGUAUUGCUGAAAAGCAGGCCGAGAAGGCACGACGACUUGCUGAAGAGAGUGACGAGGAGAGCAGUGAGGAAGAUGAGGCUGCGCGACGUGAACGGCUUCGACGGACUGAGCAGGAAUCCGAUUUGAAGCACGCUGAGGAUCUGUUUGGAAAUAUCGGUAUCAGCAACUCCCGCAAGGCUACCACCGCCGCAAAUGCCGUUGUGAUCGACUCUAAAGACCCCAAUUCAACUGUCGACUUGACCGCGCUCCCUCUCUUCGAUCCCAAGACCAAGUUGCAAUUCGAGAAACUUCGUGACACUCUCGUCCCAGUCAUUUCCAACAACAACAAGAAGGCUCAAUAUGUUAUUUUCCUCCAGGAGUUCACCAAGCAACUCGCCAAGGAUCUUCCCAGCGAUCAAAUAAAGAAGAUUGCUAGCACCUUGACUGCUUUGAGUAACGAGAAGAUGAAGGAGGAGAAGAAUGCUGAGAAGGGUGGCAAGAAGAGCAAGGCUCAGAAGACUAAGGUUGCAUUGGUUGCCAGUAGAAAUGUCUCUGCUGUUGCUGAUACGCAAGCUUAUGAUGAUGACUUUGGAGAGUAA